CUUUUUUGAUUUCUUAACGUCUCUCCACCCACAUUUAUUUAAUUUAAUUACUAUAAUCUUAUCAUUUGCAUCUCUGAUGAUCUAAUUUAUAUAUAAAAAAUAAUUGCUACUUUUAUUUUAGCCGACCAUUUGUGAUUCUUCUGCAUGACUUCCAUUGCUGUUGACCUAAACUUCUCUCUUUCUCUUCUUUCACUCCAAACUUUUAUCCAGCAUGGCGGCGUGUCUUUUCUUGCUUCAUUUCUAAUCAGGAUUAUCAUUGAGCGUGACUUAAAGAUUUUGUUUUUCUUUUAAAAGAAGAGAUUUUGAUUGAAUUCAUCGCAUGCUAAGGAGAAAUGAAGUAAUGGGUAUCGAAUGAUAUCCAAGAUUGGUAUCAAGAUUCAAAGAUCUCUUCAAAAAGGUCAUUCCCCCCCUCUUUUUUGUUUAAUCAAAUUCGGGGUUUUUGUUCUUGUGUUGUUUAUGGGGUGUUUGUAAUGAUUUUGAUUUUUUGCGUGUACUUUUGCUAAACUUAUUGAUUUUGUUUCUAGUGGAAUUUAAUAGUGAUGUUCUGUGGUAGUGGCAUCAAGAUCAUUUGGUUUUUGUUUUGUUCUUAUUGAUGCUUUGAGAUCAAUGGUUUUUGCGUAUCACAUCUUCUUAUUAUGGCAGUUUGUUAAUUCAUAGGUUUAUUUUUUUGUUUUACUUUUGAAAGCUGUGACCAAGUCGUAAUGAUGACGGUAUGUUACAUUUACUCAACCACUUUACACUUGUUUCUAUGUUGUUCUAAUAAUUGCUUGCCAAAGAAAACUGUUUUUAAUGAUUCUGUUUCUGCAUGCUGAUUGCCUGUGCUGCCACUUACUAGUAUCUUGUAUUUGAUUGAGAUUUAGUACUUGGGUUUCCAGAGACUCCUUUUCGGCUUCAUGGACUGAUCACAAAAGGCUGUGAUUUGGAUUCACUGACUGUUUUUUAGAAGAAAAAAAAAUCCUUUCUUUAUUUCUUAAUGUUUUUUUUUCUUUCUUUAUUCCUUGCGGGGAUGGUAGAUAUGGUCUAAAGGUUAUGAUGUUUCCAGUAUAGGGCUUUUUCAAAAGUUAAAUCCAAUUUUUUCAUUUUUUGUUUACUGAUCUCCCGCAACUGUGUUUAGGGUUAGCUUUCAUUUUUACGUGCUGUUUCCCUAUCUUUUUGGUUGUUUGUGAUUCUUCUUUCCUUGUUUGUUUUCUCUUCUUUCGUUUUGCAUUUCAUUUUCCAAAUAUAUUCUCUUUGCAUAUUUGUUGUUUUUUUAUAAAAUCAUUUCCAGGAAGCAAUAAGGGUUUGAAUUCCUGGAAAUGGUCUGAAUUUGGCAUCUUAUAUCAGUUUUUGCUCCAGGAGUUACUCUAGAGUAAGUAGCUAUUGCUGUUUUGAUUUUGUGCAGAAUUGUUCUUUAACUUUGCACACCUAGGGAGUUACUCUACAGUAAGUAGCUAUUGCUGUUUUGGUUUUGUGCAGAAGUGUUCUUUAACUUUGCACACCCAGAAUACAACAACAUGAAAAUUAGAGGAAAGAAAAUAAAUCAUGAAAUAGUUGUCCUGGCAUUUGAAUAAUUUUAUUUCACCUGAUUUGGUAUUUCUCUUUGAUUUGAUUGGUGCGGUGGCGUUGUUUUAAAUUCUAGAGGGCUUGAAUUUGCAGUGUUAACUUCAAGUGCCCAAAGUGAGGUCAAUGGAAAUGAAACCUAAACAAAUCACAGAAAGUGUGAUUGCAAAAUUAAUGGGUCUUGAUGAACUGCCACCCCAGCAGCCUGUUCAAAAGAAACCAAGAGUGCUCUCUGAGAAUUAUCUACGAAGAGUUUCUUCUAUAGGUGUUAGAGAGAAAAAUUCAGAACCUAACUCAUGUAGGUUGAGUAGUGAAGAGCAGAAAGAUCAUAUCGAAGUCUUCCAAAUAUUAGAAACAUUAAAGAGACACAAGCACCGUAGCAUGUCAGUUGAAAAGAGAAAAAUACGUUCAAGUUCCCCAGGGGCAAAGGUGAUGUUUAGAAGGGAGGAAUUCAAGCAAUCGACAGAUGUUUCAGAGGAUAUGAAGCUUCAAAGUUCAAAGGAAUGUCAUGAUGCACAGGAAGUUAUUGAUUCAAAGACUGAUAAUUUUCCAAAAUAUUUCCAGGAACCAGAGUUCACCAAGAAAGCAAAUAAUCUGCAAGGCAUCCCUCAUUACUUGCAGCCAGGGCUCAUUACAUUUGUAAGGCCAUUGUGUCCUUCUGACCGCAGAGAUAUUGGCAGGAGCAGGAAAUUUUGGAGGCCAAGUGAACAAGGAUAUGCAAGGAAAAUUGAAGAUGGCCUUGGGACAUAUUCCUGCAGAAAACUUGGCCUUGACGUUGCUAAUGAGUUUCUUGGAUCACAAUUGGAUUUGAAUGAUGGGUCAUGCCUCCCCACUACCAGGAUUGUUGUUCUGAAACCAAAGCCAGGAAAGGCACAUAAUGCUGGAAGAUAUUUUUCAUCUACCGGUGCUAUUGAGGUUUUUCAUUCAGUUGAUAGGAAUCAUGAAGAGAUUCUCAACGUUCAAAAUGAAAACUUGUAUGCUGAAGUGAAAGAAAGGAAGAAGAUGGACUGUGACUCAAGACCUGCAAGGUCGAGGUCUAGGUUUUCAAAGCAAAUAAGCAGAAGAAUGGGGCAUGGUAUAAACAGCAUUUCUACUAAGGCACAGGCGUCUGAAAUCAGGGGUAGUGACAACUUGCCUAAAGAGUCUGAGUUGAUGAUACCUUCUUUGCCUGUUUUUUCUGAUAGGAAGAACCAAUUUCACUGUUCAGAUGAGCCAUAUCUGGCCAGGGAAGCCAAGAAACAAAUCUCUGAAAGAUGGAAGACGACCAAAAAGUUUCAGCAGGUUGAACUAGUUAGUAGGUGUAAAACCUUGGGUGAAAUGCUUGCCAUUCCUGAUUGUGAAGCAAGGCCAAAACAAUUUGCUUGCAAUCCUGAUAACUAUGAUCAAGUCGUUCCUGACAGUGGAGGUGUGAACUCUAAUACUCCUUUAGGCACAAGAAGCCUGGAAUUUCGGGAUGGUGGGCAUGUCAGAGACUUACCAAAAUCCAGAUCUCUUCUUGUGAAUUUUAAUACAGUUGCAGGUCCUAAAACCAUGACCAGACAUAAAUCUCUUCGAAAGUCCAGCUGUAUGAUUUCUCCAUCAAUUCCUCAUCUGGUGUCAGAAAACAAUCAUUCUGCAGAUGCUGUUUAUGCUCUUCAAAAUGAACUGGAAAACAAAAUUGAGGUGAGCAAUUCACAUGGCCGAAGUUCCUCAUUUCUCGGUUCAUCUGGACAAAACUAUCAGACCUUGCAAGAUCCUUGGGUGACACAGGGGGGGCACAAGAAUGAAGGCAGUGAUGGGGAUCUAUCUGAAAAGAAUUAUGAAGUUUGCAAAUCUUCAAUGAGCAAUAUUUCUUCAACUAACGUGGUAGUUAAUUCACCGGCUGAUGCAGAAAUUGCAGUUCCAAAGAGGUCCCUGUCAUAUCACGAGUUGCUUGAAUUGGAACCUAACAAUUGUGUCUCGCUAGUAAAAGAUGAAUAUUCUUCUCGAGACCCACCUACUUCAACUCAGCAGGAUAUAUCCAAUGGAAUCUCUGAGAUAGAGUCUGUUUCUUCACACUGCUCCGGCACCGACGGAGACCCGGAAUCUUUGAUGAGCAUUGAGGAAGCUUAUCAACCUAGUCCAGAUUCUGUACUGGAACCAUUAUUCAAGAAAGAGAUUUCAUCUACCUCUGACUGUUUUGAGAGCGUCCAUGCUUCUUUACAUGGUUUACAGUCGCAUCUUGAACUUAUGAAGUCGGAGGCAUCAGAAACAUACUCAGAAGGAUCUGGCAUGAUGGUUUCUAGCGAUGAAGAUUCUGGGGAAGGAGGAUCAAUGGAUGACUCUGAUGAAAAUGACAAGACGAGAUUUUUCAGAGCUGAAGAGAGUAGGGAUUUCUCCUACCUGGUUAAUGUAUUGUCCGAGGCAGGUUUUGACAGUAGGAACCUGAAAAUGGGCUUUGAUUCGUGGCACUCUCAAGAAUACCCGGUUAGUCCUCUUGUCUUUGAGACCCUUGAGAAAAAGUUUGGUGAGCAGACAUCUUGGAAGAGGUUUGAAAGGAGGCUCCUGUUUGAUCGUAUAAAUUCAGGGCUGAUUGAGAUUCUACAGCCAUCCAUGGGUGUGCCGACAUGGACAAAACCUGUAGCAAGAAGGUUUAGUUUUAGUAUGGGCCAGGAGAUGAUUGAGGAGGAGUUAUGGAUGUUGCUGGUUGCUGAGGAAAAGGAAGCCAGCAAGGAGUCUGGAAAGGUGCUGGGGAAGGAUGACAAGUGGUUAGAGUUGAGUGAUGAUGUUCAGAUCAUCGGUAUAGAAAUAGAAAAUUGUUUGAUGGACGAGCUGGUUGCAGAUGUUGUUAGCAUGGAGAGUUUCUGAAAGGCUGGGAGCAUUACUAUAUUGUUAUCAGAAUUCCUCGAGAAUAUUUGGAUAGUCUAUCAGAAUUCCUCGAGAAUAUGUGGAUAGUCUGUCUGUAUUGUUAAAAAUCCAAAGAAAAAAAAGAAAAAACAGUGAAGAGGUAUAGGGACUAGGGAGGUAGUAGUGUCUUUCGCUUGUUCAUGUUUGAACAGUAGGGGAGAGGCAUAUGUAGGUACAAUUUUGAUCUAGGUGUGAGGCUUGAAAUUGGUUUUGGAGAUUGCAGUGAGCAUUCAAGUUUUUUUUUUUUGCUUGAGUAAAUUUUUUCUGUAUCAAAUUCACGAGCCAAUUUUCAUGAUGUAUUGAAUUCAUUCUUCUGUGGAAGUUUUUGUUUUUGAAGUAUCAGGUUCUUUCAUUCCUGUGAAAUGAAAAAUGUGAUAUUGUUUUUUUUUA